CUCGGCUCGAACUGACCAAUCACAUUCUGCGACGAGUAGACACGCCGCGCGCCAUUUGCCGAGGCGUGCGUGGAGAUUUUCUUGCGGUGUGGUCGAUCGUACGCGUAAGGUUGAUUGCGUGCUUGUGCCCGGCGCCGGUGACUCUUCUCACGAGCCAAGUCCACCUCCCGGGCUCGGGGUCUCGGAACAGCGACCAGUGCUCGAGCGCCCCAGGGCCGGGACCCAGCUACUGGCAGAUCCUGAAUAAAUAUCGUUCUUUCCACAUAACACAUUGACGUGCUCUGUCUCCUUUGUGUUGUGUUGUGUUUGGCCGCCUUAUCUGACCUUCCGAAGUGACAGGAAGGCGCUUUGCCCACCAAGGAAAUGAACCGCCCGAUAUCGCGCCGAGUUCGCGCCGCAGGCCAAUUUGUGUAGGCAGUUCAUUCCUUGCCGAGAUGCUGGUUGUGGCAUUGCUGGCGUUCGCACGAUGCACUUUGCCGACGGUAGUGCACGGCAUGGGCGUCCCUUACAGCCUGGUGGUCCUCGGGCACGACGACCUCUUCACCGACAAGACUGUUCGCAUAUGGGACUCCGAUGACAGCACCUGCUUUUCAAUGCCUGCGGAGCUGAACGAAACGAUGGCGUCCGUGCGGCUCUUCCUGGACCCACCGGUAGACCUCGGCCUCGUACGGGUCGUGUCAGAACCACAGCCAAAUGUUGUUUACUACCUCCUUGAGGACAACAGCAAUGGGUUCCCAACAGCUGAGAAAGACGACUUGGAAGGCAAUGUGUGGAUCUACGGCGGUGAGCUUUCAGCCAAGGUCCGUGGUGUCGACAUACACAGUGUAACAGAACUGUGCGAAGUGACCAUAUUCAACAUCAGCGACAACAUAGACAAGAUCGAUUUUUUGCCACAGGCUUCGGGGCGCUCAGCAACUUCUCGACAGCCAAUGACCACUGGGAAAGUUUCAUGGCGGCUAAUUUUAUAUUCCACACUGCCAGUAAUGGCCAUUGCAGCAAUACUGGCAACGGUACUUUUCUGGAAAAGGAGAAAAGUCCCCUGCCUCCAUGCCAGCUACGUGUCCGAGCUACGUCCAGCGAAACGGCAAGGUAGACGACCCCUGCCAUUAACGCCAGAUGAAGAGGAGGACGACAUGCUCGCAUUUGACACCAGCGACACGGCAGCGCUCUUCCACAGCCGCAUUUCCGGCCAACCCGAAUGGACUCAGUCGCAGAGGAACGGGCAGGAUGCCGGCCGACAUCGUGGUUCAAAUCCUGACAUCAUAUCUGACCUCGCAUUCGUCAACCACUUGCUGGAAGCGUCGCACGAAUAUGCUACACUGGAGCCUCCAGCAGGAAGGGAAUCUGACAUUAAACACCAAGAUGUCUGAGGCACAAAAUAAAAACUAUAGGGCCUUCA